CCUCCAGCCGACUGUGCCUUCAGCCUCUGCAGGCAGUUGGCUCGGAAGAACCCCAGUAAGAAUGUGCUCUUCUCCCCGACGAGCGUCUCCACCGCGUUACCUUCCUGUCCCUGGGGGCCCGGCCACACCCUGAUGGAAAUCCACAAGGGCCUCCAGGUCAACCUCACGGAGACCUCGGGGACGGACAUCCACCAGGGCUUCCAGCGCCUCCUGCGCGCCCUGGGCCAGCCCCGCGGCCAGCUGCGGCUGAGUGUGGGCAACGCCAUGUUCAUCAGGGAGCAGCUGACGGUGCUGGACCAGUUCAGGGCCGAGGCCGAGGCGCUGUGGCCUCCGAGGCGCUCUCCACCGACUUCUGGACACCCCCGCGGCCAGCGGCUCAUCAACGACUUCGUGAGGGAGAAGACAGGAGAACUGGUGGACCUGGUCGGCGACCUGGACACAGGGACGGCCAUGGUCCUGGUCAACUACAUCUUCUUCAAAGAUGAGUCCCGCUGGAAGACGCCCUUUGACCCCAAGGACACCUUCUAGUCCAAGUUCUACGUGGGCCAGGGGAGGUGGGUGACGGUGCCCAUGAUGAGCCCUGCUUCCGCGACUAGGCGUUCGCCCACUGGUGCGCUCUUCGUCCUCCUGGACAAGGGCAAGAUGAAGGCGGUGGAGACCUCACUGAGGCCCGAGACCCUGCGCAGGUAGAGAGACUCCCUGCGGAUGAGGCCAGGGAUCACAGGCGACAGGAACCUGGUGGUCUCUCAGAUGGUGCACAAGAGCCUGAUGGACGUGGCCGAGACGGGCACUGAAGCCGCCGCCGCCACGGGAGUCAGAAAGAUGCGUAAGUCCGAGAGAAUCCCACGGGCCUCCGUGAAGUUCAACAGGCCCUUCCUGUUCGCCAUCCUCUCCGAGGACACCCAGGGCAUCCUCUUCUGCGGCAAAGUGGCCAACCCCAGGGCAGCCUCGGGCUCCCUCCCCCUCGUGGCCUGGCCGUGGAGGGCGCCUGUCCCCGGGGCAGCCUGGCCCCGUGCACCGUGGGCUGCUGGGCCUCGCCCUGCCUGCUCCCUCCUGGGGAAGCGCCUGUGA